AGUAUGUUCGACGCAGGCCUUGCUGACGAGUUGGGUAAACGAGGAGACCCGUUUUUAACCGCCGGAGCUCCCGGACCGCAACCUAUUGAGAAAGAGAUCCAUUAUGCAUUUGCGCCUGAGCUGAGAACGGAAUUGGGUGGUUGUAAUCACAGAUUCGCCGGCCAUGGGAACGACACAGUCAGCAGCGGGGACCACGGCCGGGAUGGUUCACGGAGUAAAGACAUGGAUGCUUUCCUUCUGGUGCCGAUGCCUGAGGACCAGAUUCUUCCCGUUCCCCGGAUUUCUCACGACUCCCGCCUCGACGAUGGGAACAGCUCCUCGGCCUCUUCUCCCGCGCGUCCCGCUUCUAUCCAGAUUUCCUCUUGUCCCCUGGUGCGGUUGCCACACUCUCCUGCCCUACCCCCCUCCUUUCGUCUUGCCGCAGGACACGUCCUUCGUUCCGCGGUGACGUCUCACGCCUACAGGAUCAUUCGAAGCCUCAUUCCCGCCUCCUCCCAUAGCCCCUACCGACCUCCAACUGCCCUCUAUCUUGCUACCCCCUUCCCGUCGAAACCUCUGUCCUUGGGGCCGAGACGAAGCGGGACAUAUCCCUCCUGCCAAACGGGGGACCCGGACAUGAGCCGCCUUUCGCAGUCGAAAUGCGUGGUCAUCAAGGUAACAAUCCACGGUCCCUCUUGGCCUCAUUUACUCCCUUCCGACCCGCCACUCGGAGAGUUGGCAGCUGCUCACAUACUAAGAAGUUACAGCCACGGCCACAAUGGCAAUCCCAGCAGCCUUGGCCCUGGCCGAAGCACUGGGAGCUGUCACGAUCCAUCCUCUUCCCAUGUAAUUCCACUCUUGGAUGCGCUCGCUGACGACGACUGUGUGUACCUCGUCUACCCGUAUGCCUCCGGUGGGGACCUCUUUGACUUCGUGACCAAGUCGGAGGAAGGGUUGUCAGAAGAGACCGCGCGGGCAUUUUUCACCGACAUGGUCGGGGGUUUACGGUACUUGAAAUCCAAGGGCUUGGCCCAUGGGGAUGUCAGCUUGGAGAACGUGGUGCUGUGGGAACAGGAGGAAGCGGUGGAAGGAGGGAGCGCAGGGGGGGAGAAGGAAGAAGAAGGGCGGCCGCGGAAACACCGCCCGGUCUGUCGUUUAACAGACUUGGAAAUGGCGCGAAGCCUUUCCAACGCUUCGGGCCCAUCUGUGGCCCCCUUGGGAAGACGGACGGUCGGGGGAAAGAAAGGAUACGUUGCGCCCGAAUGUAUAUUUGGCACCGUGGUGGACUGGGAAGCGGCGGAUGUAUGGAGCCUGGGCGUCUCUCUGUACACCAUGUUGACGCGCCAUCCCCUCUACACGGACCCAGAGGAUUCGGGCUUUGAAUUGCUCUGUCGAGGAGAAGCCCGGCGGAUGAUGGAAUUUUACAGAGACGUGUACAGCUUGGAGAUCUCGGAGGCUGCCGUGGACCUAUUGGCGUGGAUGUUGGCGCCAAAUCCAGCGGGACGACCGCGCCUGGAGGAAGUGCUUGAGCAUGCCUGGCUAGAUGGAGGAAGGGGGGGGGGCGCUUGGCUCGACCGAAGGAGGAGGAUCCUCUGGAGCUAUUAACGUUCAUAGGGCGUGUGCGAACGAGGAGAUGGAUCCGCUAUGGGAAGGAAUGCUAGGUCGACGGCCGACGGCGGACAAGGCUAUGGAGGAGGCACACUUGGAUGUUGUUUUGGAGAAAACUCUCACCGAUGAUACGAUGGAAAAGACCCUCCCUGGCACGCCCUCCCUCACAUGGGACUUGUCUUCUGCGUGGACGCCUGCGACCACCCCCGGCAGCAUUGGAAGCAUUUACACUAGCAGCAGCAGGAGCAACAGCAGCAGUGACAACCAUGGUUGCGAGAGUGAUCACACUAUCAGAAGCAAAGAUGACGUGGCAAAUAACAUUUUUACACCUGUGUUAAUUUCAAAUUACGAAGAACUUGCCAUGGGGCAGUAGUGUCACAGGUAGCAGCAGCACUACGCGCAUGCCGAGUGGUAGCUCACGACGCGGAAUACAUGGACACUAACAUUGCCAUUAAUUUGAGGGUUACAGUAGCAAUGUAUCGGGCAAAAGCAGCAGUCAAAACGGCACCAGUUGCGGUAAUGACACCUAGACAGGUCGGGAUCAAGAAGUGGGCGAUACAAAAAAAGAUGUAUGAUUUUUGAACUUUGCAGCUGCGUGGCGCGGGGUCGUGAGGAUAGGGUAAAGAUCGGUGUCUACGGAAAAAUAACAACAGAGCUGGGGAGAGGGAGUCGAUGCAAGGCACUCACGAAACGGCUUCUGCUUUUAUUUAUCAACAGAAGCUUUAAAAGAGAUAAAAGAGAUAAGGUCGAGGUGGGGGGUUAAUGUUUCAACGGUACACAGAAUGAGACAAGGGAGGGAAGAGAUAAAUCUACGGAGAGACUUGUAUUGACGUGCCGAAUCGUCUCGCUCGUGGAGCAUGGCAGUAUAAUUAUAAAUCAUGCGCAGAGAAGUGCAAAGAACCAUCGCCUCUCCUACAUGUGCACGUAAAUGAAUGAUGAACCUCGAUACUCAUGUUCGGGACGAAGAUGAGAAAGUUAAGCUAGUAGCAGUGGGACUCUGCGACACAAUGACGCCUGCAAUGCUCAGGCAUCAGGGCUUGCGGGGGAAAAUGACUGGAACAUGCUCGGCCGCUCUAUGCUCAACACGUUCUGAGUAAAGAUGUGAUUGUGGGCCAAAGAGAAAAGGUAGACGAGUAUAAAUAGGGGAAGGAGCAAAAAAUGAUGGAACGGUAUUGAGCACCUGCAAGCGAUAAAUUUGAAUGGGCUAUGAGUUCGCAUGAGACGAGAUUUGAAUGAUGCCAUUCUAGUGUAGUCGACGGAAGCGAUUGCAGGUGGCAGCACACGAAAAUGUUCAUGGUUCAGCACUGAAACAAAACCAGGGGGAUAGCACCCCUGAGGUGGAGAAGCUUUUACUUAAAAUAAGCCAUCGGCUUUGCUGGUAAUUUAUGGGCUGGGGUGUGCGGGCAUGGAAAGAAAAAAUGAUUUGGAGAACGGAA